UCACUGUGUCUCCAAACAAGUGCCCUUACUAAGAACCGUCAUGAAAUUCAGGGAGUAUUGUCUAUCGACAAUAAUAAUUUGAAAAUUUCCUCAAUGGUUUGUAGUUGUAAGGCUGGAAGAAGUGGUAGAUGCAAACAUAUAUCUGCCGUAUUAAUUUUGUGUACAAGGUGUAUUUUAGUGUAAUUAGGAAAGGCGUAAUCAUGCCGUUGCAAUUUUAAUGGUCAUUGAUCAUUGUCUUAUUUUGUGUUUCCUUUUCUGCUUGUUUUCUUAUGUUUUAGGGAAGAUGUGGAGAAAAUGGAAACUGUAUCCCAGACGGAUAUAAAAUGUAUGUGGGCUUCACAAAAACAUGAUACAAAGGAAAAGUAUAGGGCAGUACCCAUCCAGGAUAUGGCAUGUUUGUCAAAUAAAGUAGUGUACCGUGAAUCUAUUGACACAGAGAAUAUUUUAAAACGGUUUAUUGAACAAAUUCCAAGUUCCUCGCUUGCAAAACAUAAUGCUGGUAGAAGAAUUAAUAUAGAAACUGUUGAGCUAGUAACCGAAAUCACAAAUUAUAGCAGUAUUAUGUUAAAUAAUGCUUGCCAAAGUGUUUUGAUGCUAGAGUUGUCCACGACACCAAUCAAUUUUUAUGACGAUUGCUGCAAAGUCACAUAUAAUGAAAUUUUUGGUACUGGAGAGGUAGAUAUGUAUAUUAAUAGUAUACAGAAUACACCAUUAUGGAAUGAAGAAAGAAAGUAUCGAGUAACAGGUUCUCGAAUAUAUGAAAUGUACACAUAUGCAAAAAAAGACUGGGAAAAAAAAUCCUAUACAUAUUUUUGGCCCAAACAUUUUUGUAAUAAAUUUACUAUGCAUGGUAUUAAACAUGAAAAGCAAGCAAAAAAAGUAGUCUCCAAAAAUUUGGCACUAGAUAUUAAGGACUUUGGUAUGAUAGUAUCAAACUCAAAUCGAUGGCUAAGUUAUUCUCCUGAUGGCGUUAUUUUCGAAAAUGGGAUACCCAUUGCUGUUUUGGAAAUAAAAUGUAUUUUUGCAGGUCGCCAAGCAAAUAUCAAAGAAACCUUACAAAGCGUGAAGUAUUUGGAAACGAUUGAUGGCAAUUUAAAAUUUAAAAAAUGUCACAAGUAUCAUGGUCAAGUUCAACUUGGAAUGGCUAUUUUAAAUUUAAAUUUGUUAUUUGGUUUUAUACAGCUCCUUUGACAACAGUUUUGAAAUAGUUUAAGUUUACUUU